UCGUUCUAAUUAAAAACGGACGGGCGCCACCGUUAUAAAUACUGAGGCCUCGUGGCGACUUCAGUCUUUGCGGUUCCUCCCUUGCGAGUUGUGCGAAGAGACCGUGUUUUCCGGCUUCUGGAAGAUGCGUCUGACUGUUGCAGUCCUUUGGAUGGUCACCGGGACGGCGUGGGCGCUGGAGACCAGUGAGAGCAACAUUUACGAUGAACAUUUUCCGCCACUUCAUCCUAAUUGCACUCAGAGUCUCACAGACCUUCUCUGCUGCGCCAAGAAGUCCAGCUGAAAGAACUGAAGCAGGCCGAGCAAGUCUCUGCAGGAAUCCUGAGGGAGAUGGUGGACAUCUUGACUGAUAUCAAGGUUUUUUUGAUGCGGAGCAACACGUCUACAGGAGUAUCCUGCCCUGGUAACUUCCUAAACUUCGGGGAAACGUGUUUGUAUCUCGCUAAGGACAUCGGAAUAACUUGGGAAGCCGCUCUGCUCUUCUGCCAAGACUUGGGAGGACAUUUGGCCGUGUUCCGAGACGCCAACGCAUACGCACGCGCUCUUGGAUACGUUAAAGCUUCAGGCAUCGCAAAAACAUCGAAUGUCUGGAUAGGCGGAAAUGACCAUUCGGUAGAAGGGGAGUGGAGGUGGGUGACCGGGGAGGAGAUGCCGAGGGGAACGCCCUUCUGGGGAGAUCUGAAUUACGUUCGUGAACCAGCUCAAGGUGCAGCCGCAAAUUGUGCUUUCUUCAUGGUCCUGAUGACUUCCUGA